AUGCACAUCGUACCCUCUUCUGCUCAACCUGCCAAUUGCGCAUCCACCCACCGCACCUACCUACCUACACACUCCCCUCAAAAACGCGCUGCCACCCGUCAUUCGCCUUCACUUCAAUGUAAUACACCACAACACUGCCCCAAAACACCGUGGGUUCGCCUUCGUCACCCAAUUCCAGCACAUCCCGCUCCAGGAGCCCUCUCCAAGAAGACCUCAGCACACAUCCGCGUCGUCGCGCAAGCGGUCAAAGUUGCGCACACGCUCUCGCGUCAGGAUUGGGCUAGGGCUGGGGAUACAAUCGUCGGCGCCGCGCACGCGCGGGCAGGCAAGCGCAUCGUCAGCGAGGGCGGUGCAGGUGCAGGUGCUGCGUCGCUCCGGCUUUCUGUUGGGUCGUCCAAGUUGAGUAGUUCUUGGGAUGAUCGUAAGUUUGGUACGAGUGGUGGGAUGGGGAUGGAUAGGGUGAGGUCGAUGGAUAGGAUGAGCGGGCAUUCGCAGGGCGAGCAGGGUGAAUUUGAGGGCGAGUAUGAUGAGAUGGAGAUGGAGAUGGAGCGGGUGUUGGAGGGGCAGGGGAGCGAGGAUGAAGUGUAUGGCGGCGUCGGAGGAGGCGUAGGAGGAAGGAGAGGAAGAGCAAGACGUGGAUAUGACGAUGAAGACUCGGAUUCGAGUUUGGAUCACAGAGCUUUACCGCGAGUUUAUGCUAUGGGUUUCUUUCUGACGAGACAUCUGAUGGUGCGCCAUGAACUGCUUUCACCGCACUCCAAGCUGCUACCUGGUGCGUCGCACGCGACGACGCCGAUGGUGCCUGAUGGGCGGCCGGGGAGUAUCAUGAGCGUCGCGUCCAACGGUUCAAUGAUGACCAAGUCUGGAAUCAUGAAAGACGAGCGCGAUACGCCAAUGCGCCGGCGAAGACGAAUACGCACCCUCGCCCCUGACCCGCCGGCUAGCAUCGGCCUCGUCGCUUGGGCACAGCCUUACCUCCUCUUCACGGCCCUCCUCGCACCACCAAUAGGGCGGCGUUGGCAGCGGCAAGUACCACCACCCGCUUUCACGGUCCUACAGCUCCGGCGCACUAAGCAGCAGCGGCACACAUGA